UGACACAAUCGCACAUGUUGUUUUUAGUCAUUAUUGCGCUAGUCUACCCUCGUAUCUGGACAUUGGAAGCAGAAGCCAACAAGACUGAAGCAUUCGUCAAUACGACAGGCGAGAACACCGAAACACACGAAACACUUAAUAAUGCAACUGAACCACGAACACAUCCACAAUUACUACAGGCGCAGCUUACCGUGUUACAGUGUUUCCGGUUGUAUAGUGAAAGAAGUCAGCGAGGUUAUUGGUCUGAUAUGUGUGACAGUAAUGAAGCGCUGUCACCAUAUCACGUGUGGUUUACUGAAUCUGUAUGUGCACCUGGAGCCAUGCGAUAUGCGAAUCCAAACUAUUGGUUGGUAUAUGAGCGCUCCAACUUUCAUGGCCGAUAUCUUCUCCUCAGUCCUGGCCAGUGUAUUUCCAAUGUACGCCAGUAUAGAAUGCAGUCAGUUGGCUCGAUUCUCAAAUGCAUACAAUCUUCGCCAUAUGAUCUCAAUCUCUACUGUCAGUAUCCAUCACAACCAUGGAGACAGUAUCGUGGCUUGUCUGUUAGUGAAGCAGGUCAACUGACACGCAAUCAACCAUCAACACCAUCAUUUCAACUCGGGGCACAACAAACACCGAUGAGCAAUAUCAAAUUGUCCGAUAUACAAAGAGGCAGUGAGAAUAUGAAGAACACAAACAAGUAAAUUUCUCUUCUAAAUAAAAUUGCGCAUUAUUCGGAUUAAAA